AUGCCACGCGCAAGGACGCAGAGGUGCCGGCGCCGGCGUCAUCGAAAGCCUCCGCCAAGGCUUCAGCAAAAGAAGGUCCCGCUACCAAGGGCCAGGGGCCACAGCCCAAGCAGGAUUCCGACGAGGAGGAUCCCGAGGGAUCCCGGAUUCUUUGCAGAGGUUCUGGCCAUGGCGAAAGAAGAUGCCGAGCGCGCCGCUGCGAGUGCAGAUGUGGUGGACCGUGUUGAGAAGUUCGUGCUCGACGACGACUUCGACUAUGACAACUGUCCACUCUCCGCCCCCGAGUAUCCCUACGACCAGCGCCCGCGGCCGACUCCGCCGCCCUUUGCCAAAGCGGGGUCAAAACGUCGCGGAAGCAUGCUUUUGUCGGAUACCAAAGAGAAGGAGCUGCAGCGCAGUGAGCCGCCGCCCAGGACGCCGCGGCUCUACUCCACCCACCUGAGGCGGCCGUCGUCAUCUUUGCUCCAGCGCAGGCGCGAAGGACUUCUCCAGGCCGUGGCCGUGGGCACCCUCCAGGCUUGCCAAGAUGGCUCAUAUUGGUCUCCCAGCUACCAAGCACCCGCGAAGCGGCAGAUUGAGCUGCGAGCGCCCUUGUCCACGGCGUGGACCCGGGCACACGCGGCGCAAGAGCAGCCACUUCCUGCCAGGCAGAGUCCCGAGCUGAUCGUGUCCCACGACGAGGACCUCUUCCAGCUCUGCAGCCGCUUCCCCGGCAAGCGGUGUGGCCUCGUCCACUUCGCGACCGGGCCCCCGUGCUUUCGAGACGUGCGAGAGUCCCAGCUCUUCUUCAGGACGACCUAUCUCUAUGCCGCCGAAGAAAUGCCCCGGCAAAUGCACCGUGAGGUGGAGGACGUGCUCGGCCAGGGCGCGAUCAUCUACACGGCGGGGUGUUAA